AUGUCUGCUGUGGAAAUCAAACCCGACGUUUUGGAGUAUAAAUCUCCAUUAAUUGAACAAUCUACUGAAUAUGCUUCCAUUACGAACAAUUCGGAGCAAACAAUCGCAUUCAAAGUGAAAACUACUGCUCCAAAAUUUUACUGUGUUAGACCAAAUGCUGCCAUCGUAGAACCUGGUGAAACGGUACAAAUUCAAGUCAUCUUUCUAGGUUUGACUGAAGAACCAGCUUCUGAUUUCAAAUGUCGUGACAAAUUCUUAGUCAUUACACUUCCUGCUCCUUACGAUUUGACUAAUAAAAACGUCUCAGAGAUUUGGAACGAUUUGGAAUCAGAAUUUAAACAACAAGCUGUCUCAAAGAAAAUUAAAGUCAAAUAUUUAAUAAAUAAAACCACUCAACCAACACAAGAACAACAAGAACAAAAACAAACUAUAGAUAUCCAACAACAACAACAACAACCAAUUGCCACUGAAGAACAUACAACAGAAGAAAAAGAACCAUUGAACCAACAAAUGAAACAACAGCAACAACAAGAAGAAGUAAAGGAAAAACCAACUAUCGUUGAAGAAAAGAAAUUAAUCGAUGAUGAAAGUGAAGAAUUAGAUAACACCCCAAAGGUUGCUCCAUCUACUUCUACCACUACUACCACUAGUAGUGAUGAAGAUACCGCUACAGCUAAAACCACUUCUACUACCGCUACUACUACUACCUCUGAAGGUUCAAUGAAUAUUGUACCAUUCAUAGUGAUCGCUUUAUUAGCCUUCCUAUUACGUUGGUUGUAUUCAUGA